AUGAAUAUUAUUAAGUGUUACCGAAAGAGCUUAUUUAGACCUGCCUUUAAUUUUUUCUGGAAAAAAGAAUAAAAGUAAUAAUAAACAGGAAAAAAAGAUGAAAAGAAUUAAAAUUAAACUGGUGGUAUACAAUAUUCUUAAUAAGUAAAGAUUGGAGAGGAAAGGAGGAAUAUUUAGCUGAUCUUAGAAAAAAGAGAGAAGAAUAUGAAAAAAUGAAAAUAAAAAAUGAAAAGGAAGUUCACACUUAAACUAUAAGAUAAGCAAGAGAACACGAGGUGAAUUAUGGAAAAGUAGAUUUUGCAAAAGUUUUUAUUGAUAACAUCAACAUCUAAUAUUCUAGUGAAUUUAAGCAUCCAGAAGAAAUGUUUAAUUUUUUAGGAACACUUAAAGUUUAAUUAACAGAGAAAAAUUUAAUGUCUUGUGUUAAUGCCUUUAUUUAAUUCGCAGACAAAAUUUCAGAAGAUGAUCUGAUAAGAUAUGAAUUUUAAGAGUUUUAAGCUAUUUUAACAAAACAAAUAAGAAUUAUAAGCGAUGUUGAAAAUUUAGUAAAAAUUACAAAAUUGCUUGAUAUUUUAUGUCUUCCUUCAGAACAUGAGAUUUGGGGAUAAUUAGAAAUAUCAAUUUUGAAUAGAAUGUCUAAAUUAAAACUUGAGUAGCUGUUGGAAAUCUUAUCACAUUUAAGCAAUUAAAAAGAGGGUUCAGAUUAAUUUUGGGAUUAAUGUGAGAAUUAAAUAUAGGAUUAGAUCAAUAAAUUGCAAGAUAUAAAUUAAUAAUAUUAAUCCGUUAUUACUACUUUGAUGUGCUAUUGGAGAGUUUAGAGAGGGUAUUUAAUGAUAUUUAUUCUUAGAACAAAAUAAUUUGUCAGAGGUUUAGUAGGAAUUAUGUUAUUAAAUUCAUAAGAUUAGUAAAUCUAUUAAUAAUUGCCGAUUAAUACAAUAAUAUAGGGAGUACUUGUUAUGGGAUAACUCUGUGAAAAAUAAGAUACCGCUGAUAUUGUUAAAAGCUAAUAAUUCAAAGACUAUUUUAAUACAGUAGAAAAAUACCUAUUGUAAUAAUUUGAUAAACUGAAUUUCGAAUAAAUUUGUUUAAUAAGUUAAGGAUUUGGCUUUGAAUUUGGUAGUGAAGUGCUUAUAUAAAAAUUGGAAAGUAAGAUUUUAUAGGAUUUUGAUAAAUACGAGUUAUCAGAAUUGAAAUUAAUUAUAAAAAGUUUUUUACUUUCUUAUAGAGGAUCGAAGUAAUAUAAUAUAUUAAAAAAAUAGGAAACUAUUUAAAAUAAUGAUGAACAAAAUUUCGUCUUUGAAACAUGAGUUUACGUCAACAGAAUUAGCUGAGAUAGUAAAAUCCUAUUAUAUCACAGAAAAUGAUAAUUAAGAAUUUUAUGCUGAUAUUGAAAGAAAAAGUAUUUAUGAUAUUUAAUCAGUUUUAUAGAGGUUGAAAGAAGUUAGAGAAAUAACACCUCAAGAAAUAUAUGAAAUUGCAUAUAGCUACUUAAUUACAAGAAUUGGAUCAAGAGAGUUCUAUAAAUUGUUGGAAAUUGUAUUGAUUAAAUUUUAAUAUAGGUUAUAACGUUUAGAUUUGAUGAUUUGAGAUAGAAUGCUAUUUUAAUGGGGAAAUUGCAUGAUUUAUACUUAAAAAGUGCACUUUGCGAUACAAAGCUUAUAGAAAGGAUGGCAUCAGUUCUGUGA